AUGAUUCAAGUUCAUGGCAUUGGUAGCGGGAGCGACCCCGCGCAUGAUACCGAGAAAGAUGCGGCCUUAGCGGUAGUUGGCGAUGUAGCACAGGAUAUUGAUCCAAUUGUUGCAAAGAGAGUGUUACGCAAAAUCGAUCUUUAUUUCAUGCCGGCGAUGCUGAUAGGCUAUGGUAUUGUCUAUUGGGAUAAGGCCAUUCUGGGAAGUGCUUCUCUCUUUGGAAUGACCACCGAUCUGGCAUUGUCUGUGACUGAUUAUUCGACCACCCCGGCGACAACCAGUACUGAGCGUCUUAGCUGGGCAACGUCGAUUUUCUAUUUUGGAAUGCUGGCAGGAUUGUAUCCUAUGACACUUGUCCUCCAGAAAUUCAAUCUGCGCUAUGUUUUUGGUCCUGUUGUUCUGCUCUGGGCUGUUACCUGUGCGGCGACUGCUGGUGUGACAUCCUGGCGAGGAUUGUUCGUCCAGCGGUUCUUCCUUGGAGUCAUUGAGAGCGUGAUCCCAACCGGAUUCAUGACUAUUGUCAGUGGUUAUUACACCCAGGAAGAGCAGACCAUGCGACAAGCUUGGUGGUUCUCCGGUGUUGGUUGGUUCACAAUCAUUGGUGGAGCACUUAACUAUGGCUUUGGUCAAAUCACCGCAGGAGCUCUGAAGAGCUGGCAGUAUAUCUACAUUUUUGCCGGUGUACUCACCUUCUUGUUCGGCCUUUGGUGCUGUGUCAUGCCUAACUCCCCCGUCACUGCCUGGUUCCUCACCCCUGAAGAGCGGCUGGUUGCUGUAGAGCGCCUCCGCAGGGGACAGACAGGUGUUCGAUGCCAGCAGAUCAAGUUCAGCCAGGUGAAGGAGUCGAUCACCGAUCCAAAGAUCUACUUGGUCGCUCUGAUGAUGGCAGCAGCGUACACAAUUAACGGAGCCAUUUCUGGAUUCGGGCCCUUGAUUGUUUCGACCUUUGGCUACGAUACCCUAGACUCAAUUCUGUUCCAAUUCCCCGUCGGCGGGAUUUGCAUCAUUUUCAUUCCGCUCUGCGGAUACAUUCCCACCGUCAUCCCUAACACACGCAUUCCCAUGCUCAUCGCAUGCUGUCUCCCUGUCAUCGCCGGCUGUAUCAUGAUCUGGAAGUCUCAAUGGGGAUACCACCCGGCUACCCCAGUCGUCGGUUAUGCCCUCACUGGCUUCUUCGGCCCAGUCGUCAGCUUGAUCAUUACAAUUGGUGCCAGCAACGUGGCUGGAGCUACUAAGAAAACUAUCAUGGCCGCUACUACCUUCGUCGCUUACACUGUUGGAAACAUCAUCGGGCCUCAGCUCGUCAAAACCAAGACUAAGGCCCAGCAUUACCCAGAGCUGUGGGAGGGAAUGAUUAUUUGCUACUGCAUCACCAUCGCCGCGGCUGUUGCGUUAUACGUAGUGCUCUGGCGUGAGAACAAAGCGCGUGAGAAAUUGGAGCUUGACGAGGUGCUCCGCGACAAAAUUGCUUUCGAUGAUCUAACAGACAAGGAGAACCCGUUCUUCAGAUAUGUUCUGUAA